GGGGGAUGGGUUGGGUUGGUCCACGGGAAGAUGGGAUCUAGGGUGGUGUAAGUGUGUAUGGAUCUACGUGCCCUCCUGCUCCUCCUUCUCUCCUCAGAUCCGGGUAUUAAUACGAACCGCUCCUUUCCCCUUCUCAGGUUCAAGUUCCCCAACCGUUGUGUUCAUACCCCAAGCCCGCGAACCUCCUCACCCCCCUUUCUUGUCACUUCAGUAGACCGCCCUCGAAUAUCCCGUGCGAGCAAAGCAAUACUGUCAAAAUGGCAGGCGGCGGUGUCAAGAAGCCCAUCAACAUUUUCAAGUUGGGCGACCUCGGUGAACCCGAGGGCGUUUUCAACUGGCGGCUAUGGUUCGCAGUCAUCUCUUUCGGUCUCAUGGGCGCGGCCCGUGGUGUCGAUGAGGGUCUCAUUUCUGGCGCAUUCGGCUCCAAGGAUUUCCAAAAGUUCAUUAACUACGAUACAUAUAGCGCGGCUGAGAAGACCAACAUCAAGGCCAACGUCUCUGCUAUGGUUCAGCUCGGUUCCGUUGCUGGUGCUCUCUUUGCUUUCGUUAUCUGCGACAAGAUCGGCCGUAUCUGGGCUACCCGUCAACUCUGCGUCAUCUGGAUUAUCGGUAUUGCCAUCUUCAUGGCCAACAAUGGACAUCUCGGCGCCGUCUACGCUGGUCGUUUCAUCGCCGGUCUCGGUGUAGGCCAGACACCGGUCGUCGGCCCCAUCUACCUCGCCGAGAUCGCCCCGGCCUCUGUCCGUGGUCUCUGCACCUGCGUCUUCACCGGCUUCGUCUACCUCGGUGUCGUGCUCGCCUACUUCGCAAACUACGGCUGCCAGAUCCACCUCGGUGACACCACCCACAACCGCUGGCUCGUGCCCACCUCCGUGCACAUCAUGUUCGCCGGCAUCAUCUUCAUCUUGACCUUCUUCCAGUUCGAGUCUCCCCGCUUCCUCGUCAAGCAGGGCAAGAUCGAGGAGGCCACCGAGACCAUGGCCCACCUCCGUCACCUCCCCGUCGACCACGAGUAUGUCACCCGUGAGAUCUACGCCAUCCAGCACUCCCACCACGAGGAGCUCGAGGCCUCCAAGGGCACCACCUGGCUCGGAAAGGUCAAGGAGCUCUUCCUCGUUCCCAGCAACUUGUACCGCCUGUACCUCUCCACCAUGGUUCAGUUCCUCUCCCAGUGGUCCGGUGCUGGCUCCAUCACCCUCUAUGCUCCCGACCUCUUCAAGAUCCUCGGUAUUGAAGGCCAGAACGAGUCCCUCCUCAUUACCGCCGUCUUCGGUGUCGUCAAGCUCGUCGCCGCCGUCGGCUGCGCCCUGUUCCUGGUUGAUGUCAUCGGUCGCAAGCGCGCUCUGCUCACGGGUAUCACCCUGCAAGCCAUCGCCAUGAUUUACAUCGCCUCCUUCCUCACACACGUUCCCAAGCUCGGCGUUGACGAUUCCUUCGAGCUCCCCGCCAACCUGGUCGGCGGCAGCAAGGGCGCCGUCGGCAUGAUCUACGUCUCCGGCUUCGGUUGGGCCCUUGGCUGGAACUCUAUGCAGUACCUGCUGACUGCCGAGUUGUUCCCCCUCCGUGUCCGCGCGCUCGCGACCUCGUGGGCCAUGACCCUUCACUUUGCCAACCAGUACGGUAACUCCCGUGCCGUGCCCAACAUGUUGGCUUCCACCGCUGUUGGUGGUAUCUCCCCCAUGGGCACAUUCUGGUCGUUCGCUGCCAUUACUAUCGUCGGUGGUGUCUGGGUCUGGUUCUUCGUUCCCGAGACUUCUGGACGUGCUCUUGAGGAUAUGGACCGCCUCUUCGAGCUUCCUUGGUACAGGAUCGGUCUUCACGGUAACGCCGAUGCCGAGGCGAGAGAUGUUGUCUACAACGAGAAGCAAGAGGCUGCUGAGGGUGUUCAGGGAAUGUCUGAGCACGCCGAGAAGAAGCCUGCUCAGGUCUAAAACAAAAUGGACGUGAAAGAAGCCCGAGGCUUCUAAUAGUUGAAAAGGGUAUCUAAUGAAUGCAAUAUACCCAAUAAUGACAUGAAUACAAAUCUACCCUUUUGUGGUGAACCGCACGCUCAAAUCAAACUCAUCCCUACGUGGCGACAGUGAUCCCCAUCUUUGUCUCAUCAAUCGCGCAUUCGCAGUUCGUCACAUAAUACUGGAGACUCAGUUGACAAUUCGAACUUUCAAACCUUAGUCCUACUGAAGUCAAACCACGGAUAAGCUACUGAACGUUUGAUCUGGGGCACGGAUAUAUGCACACUGAUUGGUAAUCUUAAUUAGAUACAGGGAGGCACCUUGUCUCGUCUCAACCUCUGACGGUUAAUGCUUGAACCUUCGGAUGGUGGUAUGGAGGGAUCCGGUGGUAUGGAGGGAUCCGGUGGUAUGGAGGGAUC